AUGAAAAUAGCUUGUACACAUUUUCAGUGUGCUGCUUGGGCAUUUCAGCACAUAAGAGAAAAUUAUGCUAUGCCUAAAGGAUGUGACAUGUCACAUGAUCUUCUUACAUUUUACAUUAAUGUAAUGUUAGCUCAAGCACAAGAAUGUAUUUUAGAAAAGUCUAUGUUAGACAGCCGUAAAUCUCCUAUUAUUGCAAAAGUUGCGGCUCAAGUGGUAGAAUAUUAUCAAACAGCUCUUGCAACAUUAUUAAGUGGAAGUAGCAGUGUUGAAAGUGGAUGCAUUCUACAUAUUGUAGGAUCAAAAAUAUUUAAAUCUUGGAAAAAAUUUGUAGAAUUCAAAAUUUCUUAUUAUGGAAGUAUUUCACAUCUUUAUAUGGGAAAUCAAGCAGAAGAACAACAAAAAAUGGGAGAUAGAGUUGCUUGGUACCAGUCUGCUUUUGAUAAACUUGAAGAAGCUAUAAAAAUUUCAAAGACCAUGGAGAGAGAUGAUUUAAAUGAGGCCUUAUCAUUCACUAUGGAUGUAAUUGGCAACAAACAAAACAUUGCCAAAAAAGAGAAUGAUUUUGUAUACCAUGAAAAAGUUCCUGCAAUAGAAUCUCUUCCAGAAGUUAAAGGAGCAUCAUUAGUUAAAGGAAUUCCAUUUAGUCCAACAGAUCCUGAUGUUUCUGGUCCAGAUAUUUUUGCACGAUUAGUUCCAAUUGAAGCUCAUGAAGCAUCAUCAAUGUACAGUGAGGAAAAGGCAAAGAUAUUAAGAACCAUUUCUGCAAAAGUAGAAGACAAAGAUCAGGAGUUAAUGACCUAUUUGUCAUCUCUCCAAUUAGAUUCAAAUUUACUUAGUCCUCAGACAGACCAAAUUCCUCAGGAACUUUUAGAAAAAUGUGCAGCUAUGAGUGUUCGUCAGAGUGCAAUUGAUGAUUUAUCAUCGUUAUUGAAAUCAUUAAUGGAAGUAAGUCAAGAAGUAGAAGACUCAUUAAAACAAACUUAUGAUAUACUUAAACAAGAUGAGCAAAAAGAACAAUUACAUCAAGAAUCAUUUGGUAAGAGAGCUCCUUCUAUGAUAAUUGUGGAAUUAACUAAGGAAUGUUCUAGAUACCAAGAAGCUCAUAAAAGGGCAGAAGAAUCUAAUACAACUUUGCAAAAAGUUUUUAACCUUCAUAUCAACAAUUUAAAACUUCUUACUGGACCAAUGGAAGAAUUAAAAGCAUCUCUACCAUCUGUAUCUUCAAUGGAAAUAUCAAAUGAUGAUGGAGUAGUUAAGGAAUUGAAAAGACUUCUUGUUAAAGUAGAGGAGAUGCGACGUCAAAGGCAAAUGCUAGAAACACAGUUACGAAAUGCUUUGCAAAGUGAUGAUAUCACCACUCAAUUAGUGAUGAAAGAUCGAAAAAAUGAUUUACAGAGUGUUUUUGAAGAUGAAUUGAAAAAACACAAUCAACAAGUUGCUCUUUUAGAACAGAAUCUUGUGGCCCAAGAUAACAUCUUACAUGCUUUAACCCAAGCAAAUGCUCGUUAUGCAAAUAUUAGAAAAGCAACAACAGAAAUUCUAAAUAGACGGGAAGCAAUGAUUUCAUCGUUAAUAAAUUCAUAUGAAGCAUAUGAAGAAUUAUUAGCCAAGGCACAAAAGGGACUAGAAUUUUAUCAUAAAUUGCAAACAAAUGUUUCUCGUGUUUUGACUCGAGCUCGAAGUGUGACAAAAGUGCAAGAUGAAGAAAGAGCUCAAAUUUCAGAAGUUCAGGCUAGGAAAGCAUCUUCACUACGGGAAGCAAUGAUUUCAUCGUUAAUAAAUUCAUAUGAAGCAUAUGAAGAAUUAUUAGCCAAGGCACAAAAGGGACUAGAAUUUUAUCAUAAAUUGCAAACAAAUGUUUCUCGUGUUUUGACUCGAGCUCGAAGUGUGACAAAAGUGCAAGAUGAAGAAAGAGCUCAAAUUUCAGAAGUUCAGGCUAGGAAAGCUGGAAGAACAUUUGAUCUUCAAACUACUAUUUCAGGAAGUAGUGUUCCAAGUGUUUCAAGUGUUCCAAAAUUAAAAGAUUAUCUGCCUUUCAUGACAAACAGAGCUGCUGCAGUAACUUCAACUACAACUUUCAGUUCUCAGCCUUCAGUUCCUAUUCAGUCUGAUCUUGAUUCAAGUCAAUUGAAUUCACAAUAUCCUGCUGUUUCUGCUAUACCGUAUUCAAAUUUCCAACCAGAACUGAGCAAUAUUAUGUCUUCUGUUAAAACUUCUAUCAGUGAACCAGCUUUUUAUGAACAAAUGGCAAAUGAAUCUCUUAAUACUUCAGUGGAUGCUGUAGCAAUUGGUGUGAGACCUGCACCUGUAGGAUCUGAAAAACCCAUCACUGCCCAAUGUACUAAUACAACCCAUACUUCCCCAUAUACAGUAAAUAGCAUAAAUAAACCUAUUUCUGCUGAUGGAUCUUAUGGUCAGUCACAACAAGAAUUAAAUUAUAAUCAAUAUGAUUAUUCUUAUUAUCAACAGUAUUCAACAAAUUCAACGUUACCAACUGAACAAGCAACUUAUGGUCAUAUGCAAAAUAUAUCAAAUCCACAGAUAUAUGGCACUUCUAAUCAAUAUACUUAUUCUCAAGUUGGACAGAAUCAAACUAAUAUGGAUAUUUCUUCAUAUCAUCAAUAUUCUACAGGUAGUGAUGUAAAUUAUCAAAAUCCAAUAGUAUCUAAUUACAAUCAAAAUAUAAUUUAUUCUUCUCAACCACAAACUACAACAUCAUUUUCUUCUUAUCCUCAAACUUCUGCUUCAAAUUAUAUGUAUAAUUAUACUAUACCACAAAUAAGUUCAUCUGCAACUUGUAAUUACAUUUCAAAUCAAACAACUCUAACCAAUAUGACUGCAGAACAUUCCAACUAUAAUCAAUAUAAUGCUGAAACAGUCAAACCAUCUCAAUAUAUCACUCAACAAAUACAUUCAAAUGAAAUUCCAGCUCAAAAUAUGAAUUAUCAAACUUAUCAGUUACCUAGUUCUGGAAGUCAGCAAUUAAGUGUUGGUCAGAUAUCUUCCACAUAUUGUUAUGGACCUGGAUCACAGAUAUCAUCUACAGAACAGUAUAGCCAAGAUCAGUAUAUUAGUAAUCAAUUUCCCAGUAAUUAUAUAAAUACUCAAACUUCAACUGUUUAUAACCAUUCUGUCUUCCCACAACCCAAUAAUAUAAAUCAAAUUCCAAAUGCCUAUUCACAGCAAAUUUCUUACAGUGAAACCAUUCCACCAGUCAGUGUGGUGGAUCCUAUUGAUCCUGUGAAACUGCCUCAAAAAGAUUCUAAUGUAACAGAAGCAGUUUCUACAAAAUCUACUCCUGUUGUCAGUCCUGCACAUUCCCAGAAAAAUGAAAUAGUUGAAAAGGACACUACUGAUAUAUUAUCUAGUUCUGUAGAAAACAAAUUAACAAUUGAACAACAGUUGCCAAUAUUAAAACCAAAGGUAAUAUCAACAGCAGAAACUCUUUCUAGAACUGAUUCUGUAGAACAAGAACGAACACAACUUAAAGAUCCGCUAUCUGAUAAUAGUACUCUAGAAAAAUUUAUAAGUGAGGUAGAAAAAUUUGAAAAAUUUGUAGAGGGGUUAACCAGGAAAUCAUUGUUGGGACCAACAGCUCUGGAUCAAAAAUGGAAGGAAUUGAUGGACACUCAGGACCGUGAAUCUCGCAAAUUGUCGAUCUCUGUAGCCCGUUGUUAUCCUAUUAAAAAUAGAUAUCCUGAUAUUAUGCCAUAUGACAGUAAUAGAGUUGCUCUGACUUCCCUUAGAAAUGAUUAUAUUAAUGCUUCAUUUGUUAAAAAUAUUACUCAAAGCAGUGUACCAUUCAUAGUGACACAGUCUCCACUUCCUUCUACAUAUGUUGAUUUUUGGUCAAUGAUUUGGGAACAACAGACAGAAAUUGUGGUUUGCUUGUUGAGUAAUACCGAAUUGAAAUCACAAAUUUACUGGCCUGUGGAGAGAGGUAAUCAAAUAAAUCAUGGGCCAUUUACUCUUUCAUUACAAAGUACAAAAGAAAAACAAACCUAUGUGGAAAGCAUUCUCAGUAUUAUUCAUAAUGAAACGAGAAUGUCUCGAGUUGUGAUUCAUUUGCAAUUUACUGCCUUUCCCAUUAAUGGUGUUCCUGCUAGUCCCUCUCAUUUACUUCAGUUUAUUGCUGAAGUUCACAACUACCAUCGACAACAACGAAAUUUAGCAAGACCUGUUGUUGUUCAUUGUAGUGGAGGUAUAGGAAGGAGUGGAGCAUUUUGUCUGUUAUCAGCAUCCAUUAAAGAAAUGGCUUGUGGUCGAACACCAUUUGACAUUUCUCAAAUUGCUGCAAGAAUGAGUCAACAACGAAAAUUUCUCAUUCAAGAAAAAGACCAUUUAAAGUUCUGUUAUGAUGCAGUUCUGUAUCAUGCUCAGGACAUUUUAAUGAAACGAGGAAUAUUGACAAAUAAAGCAAAGUUCGAAGAUAAACUUCCAAGUAGUCAGCACACCCAUAUACGUCACCCUUCGGAAGAUUUCGUUCUCGGGGCGGAAGGAUUAGCAAAAUUACAGUCCGGCACUAAUAAAGUAGAAACAACAGAUAAGACGGAAGAAAAGGGAGGAAAAAGCGAAUACGGAACGGAAGAAAAAGUCGCGGAAAGUUCUCAUUCGGAUCCCAUUUCAAGAGAAGACAAAUCUGUUUCGGAAAAAAUUGAUGCCCAUUCGGAUACUGUCAUAAAACCCAAUGAAAGUCGUAGUAAUUCACUUCCGACGCCAGCUAUGAGUGUUCCGUCAACAGAUCGUAAAGGAUCGGGCGAUAGAACGAUGAACGAAGGCAGCCCAUCUAUUACCAGUCUGUUGGAUCCUGCUAAAUUUACCCUGGACGAUUCAUCCCCAGGUAAAAGGAGAAUCACUAAAGAUAGCUUCAAUACCAAAUCGAAUUCUCUGGACUGUCAGGAUCCCAGUGAUCCUCUCAGCCAAUUGGAUCCACUGUGGUCUUUAAAAAAGACAUUUUCUCAACAGAAUAUUACUCAAAGCAGUGUACCAUUCAUAGUGACACAGUCUCCACUUCCUUCUACAUAUGUUGAUUUUUGGUCAAUGAUUUGGGAACAACAGACAGAAAUUGUGGUUUGCUUGUUGAGUAAUACCGAAUUGAAAUCACAAAUUUACUGGCCUGUGGAGAGAGGUAAUCAAAUAAAUCAUGGGCCAUUUACUCUUUCAUUACAAAGUACAAAAGAAAAACAAACCUAUGUGGAAAGCAUUCUCAGUAUUAUUCAUAAUGAAACGAGAAUGUCUCGAGUUGUGAUUCAUUUGCAAUUUACUGCCUUUCCCAUUAAUGGUGUUCCUGCUAGUCCCUCUCAUUUACUUCAGUUUAUUGCUGAAGUUCACAACUACCAUCGACAACAACGAAAUUUAGCAAGACCUGUUGUUGUUCAUUGUAGUGGAGGUAUAGGAAGGAGUGGAGCAUUUUGUCUGUUAUCAGCAUCCAUUAAAGAAAUGGCUUGUGGUCGAACACCAUUUGACAUUUCUCAAAUUGCUGCAAGAAUGAGUCAACAACGAAAAUUUCUCAUUCAAGAAAAAGACCAUUUAAAGUUCUGUUAUGAUGCAGUUCUGUAUCAUGCUCAGGACAUUUUAAUGAAACGAGGAAUAUUGACAAAUAAAGCAAAGUUCGAAGAUAAACUUCCAAGUAGUCAGCACACCCAUAUACGUCACCCUUCGGAAGAUUUCGUUCUCGGGGCGGAAGGAUUAGCAAAAUUACAGUCCGGCACUAAUAAAGUAGAAACAACAGAUAAGACGGAAGAAAAGGGAGGAAAAAGCGAAUACGGAACGGAAGAAAAAGUCGCGGAAAGUUCUCAUUCGGAUCCCAUUUCAAGAGAAGACAAAUCUGUUUCGGAAAAAAUUGAUGCCCAUUCGGAUACUGUCAUAAAACCCAAUGAAAGUCGUAGUAAUUCACUUCCGACGCCAGCUAUGAGUGUUCCGUCAACAGAUCGUAAAGGAUCGGGCGAUAGAACGAUGAACGAAGGCAGCCCAUCUAUUACCAGUCUGUUGGAUCCUGCUAAAUUUACCCUGGACGAUUCAUCCCCAGGUAAAAGGAGAAUCACUAAAGAUAGCUUCAAUACCAAAUCGAAUUCUCUGGACUGUCAGGAUCCCAGUGAUCCUCUCAGCCAAUUGGAUCCACUGUGGUCUUUAAAAAAGACAUAGACUAUCUAUUUGGCUAUGGAGAAGAAAAGAAAUUCCUCGAAAUGCUUAAAUGUUGAUUCAUUAAUUUAUAAAAUAAAUUUUAUAUUUCCUUCUAAACAAAGACAUUUUGUAUUAUAUUGUUAAAGCACGUAUUUUGUCUAUAUUAAAAGCUUUUCUCUGUUUUUAUAAUUGUCGCAAUAAUUAACUGGAAAUACGUUAAUCGUCGAAAAUAUACUAUUUUGGAUUCAAGAAUCCCUAGAUAAGGAGUUUUUUAAACAUUUCUACCGAUAAAAUAUAUAGGAAGUGGCUUUUUUGCAGCGUGGGCGACUUUUAGAAAUUGAAUCACCUCCCGCUAUUCAAACAUUCCGAUUUGAUUGAUGUAUUUACAUUAAGAAAUAUCUAUUCAAUCAUUUUUUGAGAGUAUAAUUAAAUAUAUUUAUCUGUAGAUAAUAAAUUUCUUAAUUUUGUAAGAAAUUAAUAUCUUAACGCUUGUAAGACUUUUGUAUUUAUGUACAAAAUUAAUUAUAUUAUAUAUCACAGUAUUUAUAAAAUGUAUAAGUAUUGGCUGUAUUGAAAGAAUAAUCAUUUAUUAAAUGAGAAAUGUAUAAUAGUUUUUUUUUUCUUAAUGUCCUUUUUCAGUUAUGUAUGCAAUAAAUAACAUUUAUUUUUAAUAAAAGCAAAUAUUGAAUCGUCGU